UUUGAAUUCUAAUUAAGUCCCCGCUCACUUCAUCUGUUCUAUCUCUCUCUCUCUCUAUUCUCAAUUUCUCAUGCAUUCAACAAACUUACAAUGGCGACGACGAGUUACUAAAAGACUGUGAACACCAAAGGCGACGAAAAUGACGACGCUGGAGAAGCUGUUCGUGCAGAUCUUGGAGAGUAAUAAGAGAACAAUCGAACAAGUUAAGAACCACACUCAGUUAUUCGAUCAACAUCUCGCUUCUCUCUGUCUUCUUCAAGAUCUAAAUCCCCCUUCCUGGCUACUUCCUUCACAUCCUAAUCAGUUGAAUAAAGAGGAGCUUAUAUCGGAACUUUUACUUCCGCGUCCACGGCCUGCAAACCCUUUCUCAAGUAGCUACCACUCCCAAUGUCGAAACCACGUUGUUACUAAUGAUUCUACUAGGGAGUUUCCUACUGCUUCAUGCACAGAAGUUGGUGCUUCGCAUAAUGGCACAAAUCCAGGUGAUAGGUUGUUUAGUUUGCCUACGUUACCUGAUGAUGAUGAUACUCGCUGUACAACUAAUGGUGUUGCCGAAUUGGAUCCUAGUGUUACAUCCCCUGUGGAAUGUGCAGAUGCAAGAAUGAUAGAUAAUACUUAUGAUGGAGUUUCCGCAUUAGAUUCUGGUCUUCCAUCUCCUCCAGAUUGUGGAGACGCAAGAAAGUUAGAUAAUACCUGCAAUGGUGUUGCUGCAUCGGAUCCUACUGUUACAUCUCCGCCAGAUCGUGGAGAUGCUAGGGUGUUUGAUAGUAGUGCUGAUCAUAAUCGAUCAUUGGUCAAGAUUCAAAGAUCAAAGUCCAGGCAAAGGGAUUUGCAGCUUCGUAACAGUUCAAAAGUAAGAAAAACAAAGUUGUCUGAUGAAGAUAAUGAUGGCCAUGGUCGUUAUAAUAAUCAAAGAAUAGGAUCCGGGAUAAAUUCUUUACAGUAUGAUCAUGUUGAUGACUUGGUGCUGGAUAAACCAGUUGAUGUAGAUAAUGGAGGCUGUGCUGAAGAAGAGCAUGCGAAAGUAGCUAAAGGUGGAGGCAAGGAGGAUAUUCAUAUUUUUCAUGGUGAAGCAUUGGGAUCUGGAAAUUCUACUCAACAAGCCAGCUCUAUCAAGGUAGACUGCAUUAAAUAUACAGAAGUGUUAAUAGAACAGCCAAACAAUUGCAAUGAGAUCCCAGAAAUGGUUGAUCAUUCUGUUCCUGCUACUGAAAGUUUUAAGGCAGAAGAAGCAAAUAUGGCUGAGUGCAGGAACACUGAAACGAAUGGCAUUGUUUGCUCUGAUAAAAUUACAAGAGGUAGGAGUUCAUCUCAACCUAGCACUUUGAAAAAGACUUUGGGAGCUGGCAACUCUUCUUGCAUUGCUGAGAAACCUGAAAAGUCUCUUGACAAAUUAUCAUCUAAGCAGCCUAGUUCACGUAGCGAGUUAUUGAAAUUAAUGGAUUCUCCUUCCGCUGUUUCUUAUGAAAGACAUAGAUUUGAAGCAAAAACAAGCAAUAAACAUGUCAAUGACAAGGGAAGUGACAGUUAUGAUGGAAGAAUUACAAGAUCCAAGAGUUCUAGCCAACAAUCUAAUUGCGUAAAUAAACAUUUAGAUAUUGAUUGUUUUGUUCGUGAUAGUACUGGGGUGAAAGAUAAUACGAGGGAGUGCCUGAAUGAUGGUGCAGCAAGUAAUGCUUAUUGUGAUAGAAUAAGAAGCUCUUCUUCAAUUCAGAAACUUAAUAAUGUUAAAGAGUUCUCAGAAGUGGAUAACUCUUCUGAUAUGAUGAGGGAUGAUAAUAAUACAAUUGUAGAGUCUCUCGGAAAAUCUUCACAACCCCCUCAAGUGUCAAGUGUGGGUCACAAGUUUAAUUUUCAGGCUCCAUCAAGAACUCAACCAAAUGUCCUCCCAUGUACUGAAACCGUUACAUGUGUCACUGAUAAAGACUGUCAUGGCCCAGCUCAGGUUCAUUCUGUUACUUCUAAGUGUAACUCGGAGAAUGCCAGAUGUGGAAUGCAAGUUUUAGAUUUGAGGUCGCUUAGUGAAUAUGCUGAGCUUGUGAACCCGAAGCAGCUUAAUUUUGAUGAUUUGGAGGACAACAGCUUGCUUAAAACUUGUGAUCCUGCAUCCGAGUAUAUACAAGAAGACAUAGAGAAACGAGUUUCUCCCUUGCAAUCUACAGAUGUAAUGAACAAACUGACAUCUGUUGGUUACCAGGAAAUGCAUAACCUAUCUACUGAAAAGCAACUCCUGGAGGAGCAUGAACUUUCUAGAAAAUCUUGCAAGGAAUCAUCGGAGUUUCCUAUGAUGAGUGAUGCUGUUUUGGUGAAAGAAAGUACAAUGUAUUAUAUGCACCAGCAAACGGAUCCAUGCAUUUAUCAAAAUCAUGAAGCAGAUUCAGGAUCGUGGCCUCAGCAUAAGAGAAUAAAGAUAGGGGGUCAACAUACCAAGGCAGUUUCUUCUUUUCCAAACUUGAAAAGAAAGCCGUAUCAGCCAACGGACACUUAUGGUAAGGGAAAUUCAGCGCCAUUAGAUGUCAAGUGUCCAGUUGAAGACAUGCAUUGCAGUGUGGAGAACAAAAAAAUUGAGGAAUCUGAGGUUUCAUUAUCUAAGCUGCAUGUUGAUGAGGUGCAAAUAAGCUUGGAAGGGAUAAAUAGAAGUGCUUGUAAUCCUUCUCCUUUGAUGCCUGAACAACAAGGAACAUCUUCAAUCUCAAAUCUGAAAAGGCUAGCUGUUGGAGUUUCUCAAAGCUGUUUGUCGGAGAAGGGUGAAGUUACUGAUUCUGUUAGCACUGUAUUUGGUGAGAUAGAGAAGGACUCUGCAGAUGAGAACCGUGUUACUUGGGAGUACACUUCAGAAGAGAACCAAGUAACAGGGGAGUACACUGCAGAAGAGAACCAAGUAACAGGGGAGUACACUGCUGUAGAGAACCUAGUGACGAAUGAGUGCACAGCAGAAAAGAACCGAUACCGAGUUGCUGGAAAGUACACAGCAGCAGAGAACCAAAUCGCCGGGGAAAACCCUGCAGAAGAGAUUCUAGUUACAAAGGACUACACAGCAGAAAAGAAGGAAGACCGAGUUGCUGGGGAGUACACAGCAGCAGAGAACCGAGUUGCUGCGGAGACCACUGCAGAAGAGAUUCUAGUUACAAAGGAGUGCACAGCAGAAAAGAAUCAAAACCGAGUUGCUGGGGAGAAUACUGCAGAAGAGAUUCUAGUAACAGAGGAGUACAAAGCAGAAAAGAACCAAGUUGCUGAGGAGUACAUUGCAGAAGAGAACCUAGUUUCAGGGGAGUGUAAUGAAGAAGAGAACCGUGUUUUAUCUCAACUUGAAGGUGAAUUAGAAUUUGAUGAUGCAGAAAUUCUGAAUUAUACUGAACAUGCCAUGCAGGAAAUUAAAUAUCAUUUUGAAGGAAAUGACAACUUGCCAUAUUCUUCAUCUGGUUCUCCUAUGUGCCAACCUGUGAUUGGUAAUGAUCAAAAUAUGCCCGAGUUUGAGGGUUUUUUCAUGGGAACAGAUGAAGAUCAGCCAUGCACUUCUAAGGGAGUCAACUUUGACAAUUGGGAUCUGGAGAGCCUUUUCAAAUCCACUUGCCUGCAUACACCACUUUCUCAUUUUUCAGCUACAUACCGUUUGAAUGAAGCUCUAAUUUUAAAUCAGUCUAUUCCAAAAGGGCUCUUGGAGGAAAUUGAAAUGAGAAACACCCUUAAUAUGCAUGGUGAUGGGAGUGAGCAACUUGGCGGCAGCUACAGUUUCUUGGAUGAGGAAAUUGACACUGACCGUCAUGCCAUUUCUUUGCCACUUUCUAGCAACCAAUCUGCAUGCGAUAUUACAAAACCUUAUAUGUCUCCUGUUGCGAAGUUUUGGGAUGGAAUUCCUUUAAAAUCUGGCAGUUCUGGUAAACGAGUGAGCUCAGUUUCAGAGCUUCCAUGUAUUAAUGAAGAAAAUGAGACUGCAGAUGAUGUUCCCGACAUACUUCUGGAAGGCACUGGUGCAGAAUUGGUGGUUGACUCAGUCAAAAGGGAGCCGCUUGCUGAUAUCUCAAAAAAUUUGACUCAUCUGUUGUCAGUUUAUGAAACUGAGAUGUGUGAUGAUAGAGGGAGUCUUGCUUCUAUGAAAACACAGGUCAGCUUUAGUGGAACUUGUGACAGGGCCAAAACGAAGUUGGGAAACAAGAGUUGUAAGAAGAGAAGAAUUACUAGAAAGGACAACGAGAACAAUAAAUUAUCACUAGGAAGGGAUGAUAUUAAAGGAGGCAAAGGAUCACUUCAGAACACGUUUAGCAGGCCAAAGUUAUCUGGAAAAGCUAGUUUCAGAAAUGGACCGAGUGUGUCAGAGAAAGAGACCAGAGCUAACAAUAUUGUGUCAAAUAUCACUUCCUUUAUCCCAUUCGUGCAACAAAAACAAGCUGCUGCUGCUGCAGUCAUUACUGGAAAGAGAGACAUCAAAGUGAAGGCCUUGGAGGCUGCUGAGACUGCAAAGAGAAAUGCAGAAAAGAAGGAGAAUGAAAGAAUGUUGAGGAAGGAAGCCAUGAAAGCUGGGCGAGCAAAAGCAGAAGAAAAUUUGAGGCAAUUGGAGCUAGAGAAGAAAAAGAAAGAAGAAGAGAGAAAGAAAAAGGAGGCUGAUAUGGCAGCAAAGAAAAGACAGAGGGGAGAAGAUGAAAAGGAGAGAAAAAUAAAAAGAAUGCGUGUUGAGGAAGCAAAGAGACUGCAGUUAGCACAUGAUAAAAAAUCUCACGUUGAGAAAGAAGAUGAAAAGGCACACAAGAGGAAGGAAUCAAAGGCCAGACUAGGAAAACUUGAGAAAAUUCAAAGACCAAAGGAAGACAAAAAUCUGCAGAUGGUGCCUCAGACUGAACCUAAGACUUCCAAGGCGCCAAUGACUGACAUGAUUAACACAAGUGUCAUUCCUGAAGGCCAUAAGGCUUUGAAUGAUUUUGGAGAGAACUUAAAGAUUAUGGAAUCCAUUCGCAAGACAAAUGAGAGUACAAGCCCAAUGUCCUGUAUAACUCGAGAACAAUCAUAUGAGAUUUCUCCAUAUAAAGGUUCAGAUGAUGAAGAUGAGUACGAAGAAGACGAUAUACGAAAAAAUAAAUUUAUCCCUUCAUGGGCAAGUAAACGUCGUGGGACUACGGUUGAUUUAUCCCAACAAAGAAUUGAUCCAAAAUCAAUUUUUCCACCUGAAAGCUUUGGUCGUUUAGCUGAAGUUCUCUUGCCAAGAAGGCUUCAGCGAAAAUAGCCGGCAAUGACAAAAAAGUUGGACAAUGCUAUAUAUUAUACUGUCUUUGUUCUUCGGUCAUUGCAUCAAGAGCCUUUUGUUUAGGCCGAAAGAUUUUGAAAAAGCAACUGGGUUGGAAUUUAGGAGCAGGUGAUGUUCUUUUAACACAUUCAUAGUGGAAGAUUGUAAAUCUAUAAUAAUGUACAUAUUAUUAUUAAUCCUUAGUAACCUGAGAUUAACAAUCUCUGUAGCUAGUAGUUUAUCAUUGCCCUGGCCAGAUGAGAAAUCUAGAGGAAGAGACUUUGAGUAGAUGGCGUGCACUUAACCAUUGAUCCUAACAUCUUUUGACGGCUAAACAAGUCCCACUUAGCCAACUAGUUAGAUUUUAGAAUCGUCCAAGUAUUUUUUGUGAGAUAAAAAGUGUUUUGAUUCUUCUUAACGGCUAGCUGACGUGUAGUAGUAUCAUUUUUCAUUUGAAUUAGAGAAGUUGGACCCUAGCUCACGUGGCCUUUUACUGUCACUUUUGAAUAUUUGAUAAUACUACAAUUUCAUAUUUCUUU